AUGACCUCGAGUAAUCCCUCAUAUCUGAUCAUCGGCGCUGGUGUCUUCGGCGUUUCAACCGCCUACCAUCUUAUCCAGAAAUAUCCCAAUGCCUCAGUGACUCUGGUCGAUAGAGAUGCAUACGAUGCCGAUUCUCGUGUUGCAGCAUCAUGGGAUUGGAACAAGGUUGUCCGCGCCGACUACGACGACAAGGUCUAUUGUCAAUUAGCAUUGGAGGCACAAGACAUCUUCAAGAAUGAUCCGCUCUGGCAGCCCUAUUUUCACCAGACAGGUGUGUACUGGAACUGCCGUAGCGAUUAUGCUCAAACCGUCAUCAAUAACCACAAGGAGCUUGGACGAAACGACGACAUUAUCGCGUUGCCGGUUGCUGAGGCCAGGAAGCUUUAUGGUGGGAUUUUCGAAAAUGCUGAUUACACUGGUGUCAAGGAGGUCCUGAUUAAUCGCGCAAGUGGAUGGGCUGCUGCAGGAGAUGCCCUUCGAGCCAUCACGAAGCAAUGUCUGGAAUUGGGAGUCAAAUAUGUCGUAGCGGAUGUGGCAACUUUGGAGUUCAAUGGAAAGGGCUCUUCUACGGGCGUGAGGACGAAAUCCGGCGAGAGUCUUACAGCCACACACACCAUUGUUGCGACGGGUGCUUUCACUCCUACGCUGCUGGAAUGGAGUGCUGCAAAGAGUGGUAAUCUGGGUUUACGCGCUGGGGAGCGGAUCUUGGCCGCUGGAAUUACGACAGGCAUGGCACAGCUGAAUCAAAAGCAGUAUGAGAGGUUCAAGGAUAUGCCUGUGGGCUUCCAGGGGUACACACCGGAAGAGGGCAAACCCUUCAUCGGUAGUCUCCCUCCUACAAAAGACGGCGAGCUCAAGUGGUGGGGAUCCAAGAUUUUUACCAACACCCGCGAAGUUCUACCUGGGCGAUAUAUCUCCUCUCCUCCCCCAAUGCACGACUACAAUCAGUGGAAGGUACCUGGGCCUCUGAAGCAAGAUAUUGUAGAGGCUAGGAAUCUUUGGUACGGACCCGAAAGCGCGACUUGGAACAUGACCAAACACCGAAUCUGCUGGGAUGCUUUCACCACCACCUCCGACUUCAUUAUUUCCCCUCACUCAGCCUCCAAGGGUCUAUUCAUCGCGACUUGUGGCUCUUUCCAUGGUUACAAGUUCUUCCCAGUACUGGGUAAAUAUGUCACACAGAUGCUGGAAGGCGAGCUGACGCCUGAAUUGGUGGAGAAGUGGGCUUGGGAUCGACAGCGUCCUGAUUCCUCGGAGAAUGUGGAGUACCCCAACUCAGAGAUGAAGCAUCUUUUACAGCCUACCGCGAAGCUGUGA